AUGGAGUCGUCGGCUUGGCUACCGGAACUGGAAAUGCAAGAGCAAGGGUUCAUGAAUCAAUACCAGAUGAACAAACCUUAUCAUCAUAUGAUGGAUCAUGAUUUCAGUGUUGAUUCAUUUUCCUCGGAAAGCUACACAGAAAACCCAUCUUUUAUCGAUCAAUCUUUUCAAACUUCGAAGGGCCUUGAAGAACCAUCCAAUAUCAAGCAGCUAACUAGCUACAAAAAGAGCAAUAGUAUUAACAUGAAUUUUACUCCAACUGAAAAAUCGAGGCCAAAGCUAGUUUCUGAUACUCAUAAUACCUUCACAAUUUCUUUUGGGGAUAAAAAGCCUAAAGACGAGAUCCUUUCUUUUAGCGAUUCACUGGGUUUCACAGCAGCUGAUACCAAAAAAGCUCCGACCAUGAUAAGGAACCCUAUUCAGGUUCAAGAUCAUGUGUUGGCCGAGAGGAAGAGAAGAGAGAAGUUGGCUCAGCGGUUUAUUUCUUUGUCUUCCCUUCUUCCUGACCUUAAAAAGAUGGACAAGGCAACUGUGUUAGAAGACGCAGCGAAUUACAUACAAGAACUUCAAGGCCGUGUGAAGGAACUUGAGGGUUUAUCAGAACUGAAAAGAAAGAACAUGCAAGGGUCAGAUAUAUCUGCUAAGAGAUCGAGGCUUAGUUGUAGCGAUGACGAUGGUUCUUCUUCUAAUGAAACAAACUUUGAAGAGAGUAGUAAUCCUUGUAAUCCAGAGAUUGAAGUGAGGGAGUCAGGAUUCAGUCUACUAGUAGAAAUCUACAGUCGGAAAAACUGUACAACAUUGGUCAAAGUGCUAAGAGAGAUACAGAAGCUUGGUCUAUCUGUCAUCAGUAGCAGCACCAUGCCGUUUGGUGAUACUACUCUUCUUAUCACCAUUGUUGCUCAGAAGAAUGAUGACUUCAUUAUGUCAUCAAUGGAUCUUGUGAAGAACCUCCAACUAGCUAUUUGUACUUUUAACUAACAACACAUCCUUGUCAAUUUAUCAAACGGCUCACAUGUGUAAGAAAGGAAAAUAGUUGAGAACAUUUUCAUCCGGCCCCUUUGAUGAUUCAGCCUUUUCUAAUACGGUUGUUUGAAUAUGUGAUUUAUUUUAGAUGUAUCGGUAUAUAAGAUCAUGUCCGUCCCACC